AUGGCCCGGACUUCCUGGAGCGUCUGCCUCAGACACCUGUUGGCCGCUCGGAGAUGGACCGCCCUUGCACUCACCGUGCCGCUCCUAUUGCUUCUAAUACACCAGACAAUCCUUCCACUCCUCGUCUUGCUAUUUCCCGCACUCGAACCGACAUUCUUUGACCUCGGACUGUACGGCGCCUAUCCCUCGCAGCAUUUUGCAACCUUCCCUCUCUGCGCACCACAACCGAAACACAUACGAUGGAACGAGAAAUGUGACAACGGCCUGAUCUUGAUGACCCCCAACGGGCCCUCGGUGGAGAGACCGGGCCCCAUGAUCUUGGACUCCAAGGGCGAAUUGGUGUGGAUGUCAGACGACUUUGGCACAACCGCAAAUCUCAAAGUGCAGAAUUACAAGAAUGAGUCGUACCUCACCUUGUGGUCCGGCGAGAAGGCGGCGACGUCUGGCAGCGGCGUUUACUUCAUGGUGAGAAGCUCACUUCUACCGUUGCCACGGCAUACGAGUGCUGACCACCUGCGCAGAUUGAUUCUACAUACCAAGUGGCGCACAUGGUCUCCGCCGUCGGAGAUGACCUUUUCGGAGACCUGCACGAGUUCAAGAUUACGAAUGAUGAUACUGCCCUCAUUACCGUCUACAACAAGACCACUGCCGACCUCACAGGGAUGGGCCGGGGCCGCGGCCCGAAUGGCUGGAUCGUCGACAACUUAUUCCAGGAAAUCGACAUCGAGACCGGGGAACUGUUGUUUCAGUGGCGAGCUUCCGAUCACUUCAAUCCUACCGACACUUACAUGACCAAUCCUCUGGGUGGCUAUUGGGAGAGCAUUCCGUUUGACUGGUACCAUCUCAACAGCAUCGACAAAGACGCGCACGGCAACUACAUCAUCUCGUCGCGGCACUUCCACUCGGUCACCGCCAUCAGCCCGGUCGGCGAGAUACUCUGGAUCCUUGGAGGCCGUGACAACGAGUUUCAGGAUCUCUCGGACGGGCAAGCGACAAACUUCAAGUGGCAGCAUGAUGCACGCUGGUUCUCGGAAGCCGAAGGGAUCCUGACUCUGUUUGACAACAGUAAAGCGGGACCGCUGCACAUCGAUGCGCCCAGCAGCCGGGCCUUGUUCAUUCAGCUCGACAUUCCCAACCGCACUGCCAGGCUAGUGCAGUCACUCACUUCUCUCGGCGGCAUCCUGGCCUCCUCCCAAGGUUCAGUGCAGACUUCGCUGGACAACGAUCAGACGUUUGUUGGGUGGGGCUCUGCAGCUGCAUACUCGGAGUACUCGCAAGAUGGCGAGUUGCUCUGCGAAACACAUCUCGGUGCCUCCUGGUUCUACUGGUUGGAGCGCAUGAAGUCGUACCGGACGACGAAGACCUACGACUGGCACGCCAUGCCAAGAGACGCACCGCAAGUCAAGAUCGAAGAUGGCCACCUGUUGGUCAGCUGGAAUGGUGCUACUGACGUGGCUUCUUGGUCGUUGGAGAUGGCCCACAGUGUUGAGGAGGGGCAGCAGACAGAUGAACACCUCCGCGGCCUUGGCGACGCGACUGAACACUCUCCUGGAUCUGGCAAAUUUCAGAACAUCGACAUCCUACCAAAGUCGGGCUUCGAAGGCUCCUUCGACCUCCCUGCCAUGUCGGCCUCCAAGAAAGCAUAUGCACGGUACCGCGUUGCUGCACUUGACGCGUCUCGGCACGUAUUGCGGUAUUCUGAAAUCAUCGCGCACAAUGACGACAGCUCGGAGUCUUCGACUUUAGUCAUGAUAUUCAAGCUCUUCCUGAUUCUUGGCUUUUUGGUCGGUGUGAGUUUCAUUUUCAAGCACUACCAGGCGAGUGCGAGGGCGCAUGCGCAGGGCUACAGUGUUCUGGCACCUCCGACUUGGAUGGAAUGGAAUGGACCUUCUUCGUGGAGCACUAGGCGACGGUUCUCGUCAGCAACGUACGCAUGGCUUCAGGCGAGGUGGAGGAGGAUGGCUGAAAGGCCGGACUGA